AUGUGCGACAUAUGCAGCGAGUUUAGACUUGCGAGGAGACAAAAGCUUAUUGUUCGUGACAGAAGAAUGAGCUUACUGGAAGAAGAGCGCAUUGAAAGAAAGCAGGCGUCGUCUAAAGUUAGAUUGUCCUUCUUGAGCCCGGAGAGCCAAAAAGUGAGGCAUGAGAACGUACAAAAAGAGGGAAAGAAUUUCCGAAGAAUCACGGAGCGAAUGAUCAGUAGAACAUCUGUGACAGUCAACCAACAGCAGAAUAGCGAGCUGGUGAAACUCGUUCAGUCAACUGAAUCUUGCAAGGAAGGACAAGAAGGUUUAGCGAAAGUAUUGGAAGAGGCUGACAAUCACAAGCGCAGUACUGGAGUGGUUAUCCGCAAAAUGUGGGAGAUGGAAAAGGAAUCAUUUUUCAAGGACCAGGCCAAGAAUGGUAAGUUAAGAAGUUGUAAGUUUCCUUUUUUCAAAAACAGAAAGUAAACAUCACUGCGUUACCGCAUUUCACCAGAGUUACAGUAUGAUACUCAAAGGGUCGUAUUUCUUUCAUACUAUUUUGAAAACAAAGUGUGGCAGUAAACCAGGUAGUUUAUAAGACAAUUAAUGCACAUGUACACAUGUACACAUGUACAAUCAGCGGAAAAUACUCUUUGAUACCUUGAUUAACAAGUAAAGUGAUACUCAUAAUGCCACAUUUUUAAAUUUUCAACUAUGUAAAGAAAUCAUUGGGGAACCUUAAAAAAGGUCAUUACAGCUUGCUGUGUUUCCUUUUGCCUUAACUAUAUAUAUAUAUUUUGUAAUUACAAGACUAUGUACGAUGAAUGGAGGUUGGCAAUAAAUAAAUAUAUCUGUCUGAAGCAGAAUGUUCUUUUUAGGUUUCAAGAAAAAAAAUAUUCCUUGGCUACCCGGUAAUUUACAUGUCGGCCAUGUUCAUGAAUAAUUUUAUUUCUGUUUAUGUCAGUCCCCUGAACUAAGGUAAUAAUAACUACUGAGUCAUUUCUUUCUCUUUUUUUCUAGAAACUGGAAGUCAAAGUAAUAAGUGGUCAUCUGCAAAAAUAAGAGUUGGUAAGUUCUUUAUUUAAUUGCUUUUCAUAUGAUUUGCUAGAAACAUCCAUCAAAGGCAUGUAUUUGUUUGGGGGCCAUACGAUUAGCGCUAAUCGUAUGGCCCCCAAACAAAUAUAGCAACACGCAAUAACAUAUGUAUUAAGGCGUUUCUUGAAACGUCCGUUUACAGCAUAGUUAAGUUAUUAUUCACUUCCACCGGAAGUUUUACUUACGCACACAACGUGUUAUAUAUGCUGUUCUUUGCUAGUUGUAUUCAUUCCCUGAAGAAGUCUCAGUAAGAGACGAAACGCGUCAGAAAUAAACGAAAAAGCUUACAACUACAAGAAGUCUUCCUUUGUGCUGCUCACUAGUCUUCGUUAAAAAAUUAAAAAAUUAAAAAAAACUUUGUGGGCUGUUGGUUCAUGUAUUUCUGGGCCUUUUUCUUUUGUUCUUUCUUAUAAUUAUAUCAGGCUCUCUUUAAAGAAAAGUUUUAUACAGUAGAAAAGAUUUGCACUUGUAAAGGUCAGGUAAGUAAGUGUGGGAAAUUAAAACUAUGAAUUUCUGGAUGUCCAAAUUGGCCAAAGUUAAGCACAGGACAGAACCACACCUAAGUCAUUGCGUUAGCCCAAUCAUGUAGUCAAUUUAAUAAUUACUUUAAUUUGAAGCAAUGUUGCAAUUAAAGGUUGAUUUUGCCUGAAAGUAAACUUUACUUGAAACACAGGUGCAGUCAAAGAUUGGAAUUCAAUUAAUGGAACCGUUAGGGGCUAUGCAAUGAGUCCAGAGGAACUACCUUGGCUACAAGAUGUGUAUAUGAGUGUGGGAGAGGAUUAUGAUCAACAGAAAACCUCAUAUAUCCUUCAAUUCUUGUGGAGAGAUUUAACCUCAGAGUUUGAUGUUAUUGGUCCUUAUUUCACUUGUGCGAACUCAUGGGACCACAAACUUCUUCUUGAAUGUGUUAUGAGGACAAUCCAGGCCUUCACGUUGUAUGAUUUCCAUGUCCGCGUACUGGCGUGUAAUAGAGCCUCAUCAAAUCUUGCCGUGAUCAAACUUCUUUCUGGCUAA